CACAUAUAUACCCAUAACCGCAAUAGCUCUCUCACUCCAGUCCACCUUUAGCUUCCUCUCUCUCACUCUCCAUUCUCUACUCUCAACAAUGGCUCUUGAGGUUGCUGCCAAGGCUGCUGCAGGCGCCCCUGAACUUCUUGGGGAUUGUCCUUUCACUCAAAGGGUUCUUCUCACUUUGGAGGAGAAGAAAGUACCUUACAAGCUCCAUCUCAUCAACUUGGCUGACAAGCCCAAAUGGUUUACAGAGGUGAAUCCAGAGGGAAAGGUGCCUGUGGUGAAGUUUGAUGACAAAUGGGUAUCUGAUUCUGAUGUGCUUGUCGGGAUUCUUGAGGAGAAAUACCCUGAACCUUGUCUCCAAACUCCUCCUGAGUUUGCUUCAGUGGGAUCAAAGAUUUUUGGGUCAUUUGUGACAUUCCUCAAGAGCAAGGAUCCCAGUGAUGGGUCGGAACAGGCUUUGCUUAAUGAACUGAAGGCAUUGGAUGACCAUCUCAAGGCACAUGGUCCGUACAUUGCUGGAGAGAAAGUCACUGCUGCUGAUCUAAGCUUGGCACCAAAACUGUACCAUUUAAAGGUGGCUCUUGGCCAUUUCAAGAAGUGGACUGUCCCUAAAGCUUUGACCCAUUACCAUAAGUACACUGAGUUGUUGUUCUCAAGGGAAUCUUUUGCCAAGACCAUCCCCGAGGACAAAUAUAUCAUUGCUGGAUGGGAGCCGAAAGUCAACCCCAAAUAAAUCUAGAUUGUAAGGUUCGUUGAAGUUUAGUUAUGCUAUGUAUUAUGUAAUGUGUGAGACUUGUGGUAUGAGUGUCAAACUGGGUGGCUAAACUAGCAGGACCUUCUUCCUAUGUCUAAUAAAUGUAUUAAAUCUCUAUUAUCAGCUAUGCUAUUUGGUAUUUCUUGG